AUGACAUUACGGCGCGAGGCGUGACUCGGUUCAACCCAGCCGCGCACCUGUCACACCGCCGCUGUGGAGGAGGGAGCUCCGUGCGCUCUGACCGCUGGCAGGACAGGAGGGGGGCUAGGUCGGCGUGCCGGGACCACCUUGCCGGCUUCUCCGACCUCCGCAGACCUUUUGAACGACUUUGGAAGCCAGAGCGGACGCGCGCAGCCCCGGAGAGUGAGGGGAAAGUGCUGAGGUGAUGGCGUCCUGUGAGGGAACCGGCGGAUUGCAGCGUUGGGACGAUGCUCUACACUGAGUGACACAAGACCCAGUCAUGCGUCGUGUGGUGCUGCAGAGUUAGAUCCAGCCCUGCCCCUGGGUGCACUGAGUGCACCUUGGGGCUCAAUGGAGUCACCGCCUCCCAGUGAGGGAUCUCACUGCAUCUGGCCUGCAGAGAACCGACCCCACACACUUCCCCCUUCCUCUUCCUCAGUGUGCCCUCCCUCUGUGGAAUGAAAACAGCUAGCAGAGCUCCAGCAUCUUGCUGCAGUUCCUCAGUUGUCCAGAUGAGGCGCUACAGGACGGGGAUGUACCCUUUCCUCUUUCCGUCCGUAAUCAGCUCGUUGCCCCUGCCCUCGCCCACUGAGAGGCUCAACCCCCCAAGCAGUGCAGGAACGCCUUCCCCUGUGGCCAUCGAGACGCAGAGCAGCAGUUCAGAGGAGCUGGUCCCCAGCCCGCCCUCACCCCUGCCUCCUCCCCGUGUCUACAAGCCCUGCUUCGUGUGCCAGGACAAGUCCUCGGGGUACCACUAUGGUGUCAGUGCCUGCGAGGGCUGCAAGGGGUUCUUCCGUAGAAGCAUCCAGAAGAACAUGGUGUACACGUGUCACAGGGACAAGAACUGCAUCAUCAACAAGGUGACGAGGAACCGCUGUCAGUACUGUCGGCUACAGAAGUGCUUCGCAGUCGGAAUGUCCAAAGAGUCCGUGCGGAACGACAGGAACAAGAAGAAGAAGGAGAGCCCGAAACCAGAGCUGACAGAGAGCUACGAGCUCUCGGCCGAGCUGGAGGCCAUCAUCGAGAAGAUCCGGAAAGCCCACCAGGAGACGUUCCCCUCUCUCUGCCAGCUGGGCAAGUACACCACGAACUCGAGUGCUGACCACCGCGUGCGUCUGGACCUGGGGCUGUGGGACAAGUUCAGUGAGCUGGCCACCAAGUGCAUUAUCAAAAUCGUGGAGUUUGCCAAACGAGUGCCUGGCUUCACUGGACUGACCAUUGCUGACCAGAUCACUCUGCUGAAAGCUGCCUGUCUGGACAUACUGAUCCUGCGUAUCUGCACGCGUUACACGCCGGACCAGGACACUAUGACCUUCUCGGACGGGCUGACUCUGAACCGGACGCAGAUGCACAACGCCGGAUUCGGGCCUCUCACAGACCUGGUGUUCACCUUCGCCAACCAGCUCCUGCCCAUCGAGAUGGACGACACGGAGACAGGCCUGCUCUCCGCCAUCUGCCUCAUCUCUGGAGACCGUCAGGACCUGGAGGAGCCCUCGAAGGUGGACAAGCUGCAGGAGCCUCUUCUGGAAGCGCUGAAGAUCUACGUGAGGAAGCGCAGGCCCAGCAAGCCUCACAUGUUCCCCAAGACCCUCAUGAAGAUCACAGACCUCCGCAGCAUCAGCGCCAAAGGUGCCGAGCGUGUGAUCUCUCUGAAGAUGGAGAUUCCUGGCUCCAUGCCGCCCCUCAUUCAGGAGAUGCUGGAGAAUUCGGAAGGUCAGGAUGGACAGAGCUCCGCGGAGGGGAACAGUCCGGGCAAGAACUCGGCCGAUCCGAAACGGGCCGCCGCUGCCUCGCCUGAGCCGGAGCCGUCGGACGGCGGCGCGGCCGCUUCAUCGUCCAGCGAGGAGCCCUGAAACCACAGCACCUAAAACCUCAAAUCCAGAACUACGGCCUCAGACAUUCCUUUGCACAGUACAGGUGGACCAUCGCCAGUCAGAAUGAUCUUUCUUAGUUUUGUUUUGUUGUUUUCUUUUAUUCACGUUUCAUCAGUUAAGAUAAAAACUGGCCUAAAAGGACCAGCAAUUCACGUGUAAACAAACAAAAAAACAACGGAAAUGAGCUCUUACUGGCAUCGGCACUGCGGGACUCGAUCUACAGCACACUCGAAAGUGCAUAUGCGUCCCGGAUGCCCACCUGUACCACGGAGGUGAAACCCCUCAGGCAUCUGUAUAUUCCUUAACCUGCAUGACGGGCUCUGAGUUUGAUUAAGUGAUUUUUGCGCUCCCUCUCUUCUGUCUUUCUCUUACAUGCUGGCAUACAUUGUACAUACCAUUGUAUGGGUAGAUCUCUGUAAGAUAAAUUUUGUGGUGCUUAUUUCAUUGUCUUAAACUUAAACAUUAUCGUUUGAGGCGAUACAAUACGUUUAAAGAUGCACAGAAGACAUCUGUCCACCAGGGGGAGAAGUGGUGCUGUUGAGAACGGAAAUAUUGUCGCUGGCGAAACUAAAACGCAUCUCGGAAAUUGUAACUUUCUACAUUGCUGUGCAGAGACAGCCAUUUGUUUGAUUUCCAGUAAAAAAAAACUACGUUAUUCAUUUUUCAGAUGUUUCUGAGGAGAUUAAAUAUAAGAAUAAGGACGUUUUUCAAAUUAGAGUUCAGACAUUGAGAUAUAGAGAAAGUACGACUCCUAACAACCACCUGGAAAACCGUGCUUGGGAUUAUUUGGAUCGUGAGAAGCAGAAAAUGCCAACGCAACUUGCACAACUGAACUGAAAAAUCUCAGCAGGUUUAUUUGAAAUCUGAUAUUAUAUUUAGUUUAGCGUUUCCUUUUUCCUGGUGCUGAGAAGUGAGUAACCUGUUUUGAUUGGUUAUUUUAACUGGAAAUGUAAUAAACGCCUGAGUUUUGCUCAGUGCUGUUAGACUUACGUUAAUUUAAAGAAAUUUUAUUCCACGAUAUUCCGAAAUAUCGGAAUAUUUCUAUUGGUCAUUGAGGCCUCACGCUAUUUAAAGGGCAGCUGCCGUUUUCAAAUGCUGCAUAAAAAUAACCGAGGUUUUCAUAGGAAGCCGCACGACUUCGGUGGUUUACGUGUCCAGUGUUCAUAUUCAACAGUGCUUUUCCGCCCCUAGUGGACAAAAAGUGCAACUGCACAUCUUUAAAAGCGGGGCUCAUUAUAAAGUCCUUUAAAGUACAGUUAUAUAGAAUGUUCUUGCAUAUAGACAGUACGGAAGUCUAAUAUUUUAUAUAUCAUUCGUAUAUUUAAUGCAGUUUUGUUUUAUUGCAUUUUGUUUUUGUUUUGUUUAUUUUUUUUUAAGAAAGCUCUACUUUCAUGUGUCUAGAUGAGAAAAGUCUGCAUAAACACAUAUACAUGUACCCAGGCUGCGCGGACCACCAGCUAUCACCUUUCGUGGGUAGUGAAGGGGGUCUGGUGGAACAGGCCACAGACAAGCAGUUACUGGUCAAAAUGAAGGAAAAUUGGUAGAAAAUGAGGACUUGUGGUCAGAGCGAGAGACGCACCAAUCAUGGAUUUUUACGGCCAACUCGGAUUUUAUUUAUCGACUGAUUUUAUUAGCCUUUUGUAGCUCAGAGCUCACACUGUGUGGGGUAAAUAAACACAUGAAAGACACUAAAUUAUAAAUAUUAUUUGAAAUUAUUACAAAUAUUAGACCCAUCCUGACCCUGCUGCCCUAACUAGGACUGAUUCGUUUAAAAUGAUCCAAUAUCAGUACCAACAUAGACCCCUUCACCUUUUUUAUACUAUCUUUUCAGUUCCAAACAGAAGGCGGGUGUGGUAAAACCUGGAACAGGGAGUGUGGUGCUGGAAUGGGGUACAUUAAUCAGCAGUCUAGCUGUUGGCUCAUGGAUGCUGAUGAGGUUUAAAACAGUGUAACUCUGAAUAUUAUUAUCCUAUAAAGCUGUAGGAUCCCAGAACCUCAGGUUUCUUCGAGGCUUCAGCUGUGUAACUGAGUCUGAUGCAGUAACUGCGUGUCUGUGGCCGGGAGUCAGUGAGGCGGCAGCGGCUGGAUCACACAAACGCACAUCGAUUCCGUGUCUUAAAGACCCGAAUCACAGUCCUUCUUUACAUACGUGUCUUUUUUGUUGUUGUUUUUGGCAGUAAAACUUGGGGACAUUGCAAUCUUCUCAAAUGUGGCCUCUUCGGCUGUUCUGCACCAGGCAGAGUGUAAACUUUCUCUCUCUCUCUCUCUCUCUCUCUUCCUCGCUCUCUCUCUCUUCCUCUCUCUCCCUCCCUCUCUCUCCCUCCCUCUCUC